CAACAUGCACUGAGCUUGAGACUAUUUGAGAAAAGCGACAAAGACCCAUGCUGAUUCUUCAAAGUAGUUGUUGCAUGUCUUCUUUUGUUAAUUUUAUUUAGCCUAUUUACCGUGCCAUAGCCUAUGGCAUAUUUUUGGACUUUUUAAAGCACAGCCUAAUAUUUUGGGCUAUUAUUUGUGUGGUCAACUUUGUUAUCAGUCUACAAGUCACGUUCGGGGCAGCAGCAGACAAACGCAGUGUAUCCCGCAUUUAGUAGGCUACUUUUCAAAGUUAGCAAGACAUGGAUUUCCAAAAUAUCGUUCAUAGUAGCCUAUGAGUAGCACCAAAUGAGUGUUAAAGAAGAAAGUCAAUCCUAAUUCAAAAUGAGGGGAGCUUUUUCUGACAUGUACGCUGCCUGAACCUGGGGGACCACGCACACCUAUCAAGGCCUGCAAAGAAACGAUAGGAGGAAAAGCGACUGUCCAAACAAAAAUAAACACGGGGACGGGAGAAGUGGAAGAGAAAAGAAACCUCAAAGGAGGGGGAAAAACAGAAGACGAGGAAGCAUACAGAAGAACAAACACGGCAACCCGACAAUGGAAUAAAUACGUAUCCAGUAUGGGAGUGAAAUAAAAGGAUAACUGCGACGCAGGGCAAGGGCUUUGGAUAUUGUGCCAACUCUGCUAUCUGCCUCCCAGUGAAAGCUCCGCUGAUAAUGCUCUAACCCAAUGCACAGCAGAGAUAUGGUGCGGAAAAAGAACCCCCCUUUGAGGAGCUUCGGCGGUGAGGAGGAGGAGGGUGAGGCCCUGGCGGCCGAGGCCAGCGGGCCCGAGAGCGAGGACGCCGACGGCGGCGGACGGCCGGCCGAGCCGAGCAGCGCCGACGGAGAGCAGGGCCAGCGCGCCGACGUGCCCGUGGCGGCCGACGAGCCCGAGGAGCCGCCCGUCAAGCGUGCCUGGAGAGGAGGCGGCGGCGACAGCGGAGAGGCAGGCGCGCCAAGAGAGAGGCCUGGUUUCCAUUACGCCGCGGGACACAAGAAGGGCGGAAGCAGCGGUGCCUUUCCCGGAGUUGAGGACGGCGAGACAGACACCAGGCUGCUGAUUCUCACGUCCCGCGCCGACAGCGAGGCGGACGCGCGCGACAGCUCCGCGUCUCCCUCCCAGUUCGAGGAGGGGGAGGCCCGGGAGCCCGGCGGCUGCAGGCUGCAGGAUGGGUGGCAGCGGACUGGCGGCGGGGUCAUCGUGCAGGGCUGCACCAGCAACGGGCAGGAGAGCGACUCGGCCACGCACAGCCCGGAGAUGGGCCACGAUGGGGAGAUGCCCCCCCUCCGCUCAUCCCUCCACUUGCGGAGGAACAGCAACGGCACUCCUGGCCUGCCAAGGACAGAGGGCACUGCUAGCCCGCCUGGCUCUGACUCGGGCAUCCCCCCAUCCUCCUCCUCCCCCAAGCUGCAGGACUUCAAGUGCAACAUCUGCGGCUACGGUUACUACGGCAACGACCCCACCGACCUGAUCAAACACUUCCGCAAGUACCAUCUGGGAUUGCACAACCGGACGCGGCAGGACGCCGAGCUGGACACCAAGAUCCUGGCGCUCCACAACAUGGUGCAGUUCUCGGCCCAGAGCCAGGGCAAGGAGGGCAGCGGGCGGCUGCUGGGGCAGGCUGGGCUCAGUGGGAGCUUACCAGACCCUACCUCCCCAAGGCCCUCACUACUCAACGGUACCUACGACGUGCAGGUGACUCUUGGCAGCACCUUCAUCGGUAUCGGUAGGAAGACGCCCGAUUGCCAGGGCAACACCAAGUACUUCCGCUGCAAGUUCUGCAACUUCACAUACAUGGGCAACUCUGCAGUGGAGCUGGAGCAGCACUUCCUGGCGACCCACCCCAACAAGAUGAAGAGCCCCCCACCUCUGCCCGCGGUGGGGCACGGCGGCGCCGACGACAAGCCCCUGUCGGAGCGCAAGAGCAACUGUGUGGUGGUGCGUGGCGGCGGCCUGGUGGGGCUCGAGGAGCACGGCAAGUGGGCGGACCGUGUGGCAGUGCGUGCCGAGGACGACUCGGUGGCGGGCUACUCGGUGCCCAUACGGCCCGCCGACCCGUCCUCGCCGACAUGCAGGACGGGCGCAGGGCCGCAGGAGGCCGGGGGCAUGGCGUACUACUGGUGCAAGUACUGCAGUUUCAGCUGUGAGGCCUCUAGCCACGGCCGGCUGCUGGAGCACUACGAGAAGAGGCACGGCCAGCCAGCCAGAGAGGGCAGCCCGGCGGAACGCAAGUCCUCCAGGGAGGGAGUCGGGGGUGACCAGGCGUCCUCGCUCCUCCAUGCCCGGAGGAAAGACAAGUCCGGCGGGGGCGGGGGCGGCGGCGGUGCGGAACCCGACGCGGUGGUGACCAGCUACAACUGCCAGUUCUGCGACUUCCGCUACUCCAUGAACCACGGGCCAGACGUCAUCGUGGUGGCGCCGCUGCUGCGCCACUACCAGCAGGCACACAGCAUCCACAAGUGCACCAUCAAGCACUGCCCCUUCUGCCCGCGCGGCCUCUGCAGCCCCGAGAAGCACCUGGGCGAGAUCUCCUACCCCUUUGCCUGCCGCAAGAGCGCCUGCUCGCACUGUGCCCUCCUCCUGCUCCAGCUCUCCCCCAGCGGUGGCGGCGGUGGCGGAGGUGCCACUCCUCCCCCGCCCCGAGCCUCGGUCACGCACCUGUGCGACCAGUGCCCAUUCGCCACCACCGACAUCGACCUACUGCUCAUGCACUACGACAGCGCACACACGCCUCACGCCAUGACGGACAUCAAGCCCGAGGAGGAGGGCAGUGGCGGCGAGCGGGGGUCGAAAGGGCAGUCGUUGUCCGAGCACUCCUGCACCAAGUGCCCCUUCUUCACCGAGGUGGAGGAGGAGAUCUUUCGCCACUACAGGAGGGUCCACGGCUGCUGCAAGUGCCGUCACUGCAGCUUCACGGCGGCGGACACGUCGGCCCUGCUGGAGCACUUCAACACGGCGCACUGCCCGGACCCGGCCCAGCCCGGCGGCGCCAGUGCCAGCGGCGCGCCCACCAACGGCUGCUCGGCGCCCUCCACCCUCAGCAUCAAGGAGGAGAGCAAGGGCGACCUCAAGCUCUACAGCCUGGCGCCGCCCGAGGGCCGGCCCGCCGAGUCGGGCCCCGGCACCGAGGCCGGCGUCAAGAGCGAAGCCCCCGACGAGAAGGAGCCCCUGAUCCGCGAACGAGGCGGCGGAGGAGGAGGAGGAGGAGAGCGGGGCGGGGAGAAAGGCUGGGCCGAGGCACUGGCCAGAGCCGGGGCGGCCGCCGCAGCAGCCGCUGCCGCCGCCGCGGCGGUCAGCGCCGGGGACCAGGUGCAGAGCCUGGUGUGGGUGCCCAAGGAGCGGGCGCGGGAGAUCCUGCGUGGCAGCCCCUCCCAGCUCCCCCAGGGGGCGCUAGGCCUGCUCAACGCCGUCGCCGCCCAACAGCAGCAGCAGCAUCAGCACGAGCAGCAGCAGAAAGCGGCAGCAGCAGCGGCGGCGGCCGUGCUCAGGGACUCGCCAGGGCUGGUGUUCAGCCUGAGCGCUGACGCUAAGGGCUUCCUGCAGUCCCAGACCCCGUCUGGAGGAGGUGGAGGAGGGGACAAGAGCGGAGGUCACGGGACGCAGCAGUACUCCAGCGGUGGCACCACAGAGGUCAAGAGCUCCAAGGAGGAGUCCCAGUCACUUCUACGGAGGCGGCGAGGCUCCGGCGUGUUCUGUGCCAACUGUCUGACCACCAAGACCUCGCUGUGGAGGAAGAACGCCAAUGGGGGCUACGUGUGCAACGCGUGUGGCCUCUAUCAGAAGCUGCACUCGACUCCCAGGCCCCUGAACAUCAUCAAGCAGAACAACGGCGAGCAGAUCAUCCGCCGGCGCACGCGGAAGCGCUUGAAUCCCGACACGCUCCCGUCUGAGUCGGUGGGUCCCAAGCAGCAGCGCGGCGGGAUCAACAGCGAGGAGCGUCUCAACGGCAGCCCCCUGGAGCGCCGGCCGGACGACUCGCAGACCCCUUCGGGCCCGGACACCCCCGUCGCCCCGCUGCGCUCCGACAUCCCGCACGGCCCGCUGAGCAAGUACGAGGGCUACGGGUCCCCUGCCGCGGCGGGCGCCAAGGGCCACCCCAGCCCGCGCUCCACCCACGCCUUCCUGGUCAACCAGACGCUGGAGAUCCAGAAGCGCAUGCCCCCGCUGCACCUCCACAAGAGCCCGCCGGACGCCGGGGGGCCGCUGGGAGCCGAGGGCAACAACGGCCUCGCUGCCCCCGGCUCGGACGGCGGCGGCGGCGGCAAGGGUGGCUCAGAGCGCGGCAGCCCCAUCGAGAAGUACAUGCGGCCGUCCAAGCAGGCCAGCUACUCUCCGCCGGGGAGCCCCAUCGAGAAGUACCAGUACCCCUUCUUCAGCCUGCCCUUCCUCCACAGCGACCUGCAGAGCGAGACCGACUGGCUGCGCUUCUGGACUAAGUACAAGAUGUCCGUGCCGGGCAACCCGCACUACCUGGGCCCCGUGCCCGGCCUGCCCAAUCCGUGCCAAAGCUUUGUGCCUUACGCCCCCUUCGGGCUCCAGCCUCACUUUCCACCCCCGCCACCUCCGUCCUCCGUCGGUCCAGAAAGCGACGCCCCACUCGACCUGGCCAUCAAACAUUCCAAGCCCAGCCCCUCGGUGACGCCAAACGGCGCCGGCUCAGGUGGCGCCAUCCCCCUCGGGCUUGCGACGCCGCCCGCCAUCGUCAUAGAGAGGAGCAACUCGGAAAAGCGCUCCUCGCCUGCCGCAGCGGCGAUCGAGAAAGAGCGCGAGCAGCAGCAAAAACAGCAGCAGCUCAAACCAACAUCGAACGACGUGGACGAGGGCUCCACGAGAGCCCGGUCACCGCAGCCGCAGCCGCAGCGCGCCAGACCCGAGACAGCGGAGCAAGGCACGCAGGACGAGCUGUCCAGCAAGUGCGUCCGCUGCGGCAUCCUCUUCCUGGACGAGGUGAUGUACGCGCUGCACAUGAGCUGCCACGGCGACGGCGGGCCCUUCCAGUGCAGCAUCUGCCUGCACGCCUGCGCCGACAAGUACGACUUCACCACACACAUCCAGAGGGGCCUCCACCGGCCGGCCAGCGAGCCGCCCUCCUCCGCCUCCACCCCGACCCUGACCCCGACUCCGACCCCGACGCCGGCACCGGCCCCAGGCGACAGCCCCCCACAAGAGUGAGCCGUCAGACGUCUAGGACGUCCAGAACGACCCCGACGCCACAACGUGCAGCAUGAACUGCAGGGGGCGCAGUGGAGACAGUGCUUCAACACAGAACGCAUCCUCCCCUCACCCUAGACCCCCACCAAUUCCUCCAUCCUCAACUCCUCACACUUACCCCCCCCCCCCCCAAUAAUCACCUUCACUCACCUGACUUUAAAAAACAUCAUGAAGUGGAGGAGGAACCACAAAUGUGCCAUGACGGCUUGCGCUGCCAGUCUUAUGCAGUGCCUCAGUCUUUCAAAAUGGGAAAGAAGACAUGAGAGUUCUAGACAGCUGUUGGGAGUUCAUUUCAAGCUGAAAACUAAUGAACAACAAAAAGCUAUUUGCAAUUUCCACAUUUUUACGAAGAUACAAAUGCUUUUUAAUGACAAUGGUACAAGCAGUUUUGUUUUCCCACCUCAGUUUCUGAGACUUGUCGAGCAGUCCAGCAAGUAAGGUACAUGAGCAGAUUUAUUUUUAAUGGUUUGACCUUUUUUUUGCUGUUUUUAUUUUAUUUGACUUUAUUUUGUUUUAUUUUAUUUUAUUUUGUACUCCCUUGCCUUUCUCCCGUGGGAGAAGUGGCUUAUCAAAAUGUUCUCGUACCUCCAGUGACACCAGGAUGAUGGGCCUCAUGUUUGGGGUCAAAGGGUUGAGACAGGUGUUCGGAAAAGCCACGGAAGAAGUGACAGUGUCCUCAGCAAAAUUCAGACUAACAAAGACGUCCUCAGGGAACGUGCACGGCUGAUCUAGAGACCUUAAGUAGUUUUAGACGUACUUGUCGCCAGUUAACAUUGUACUAAGUGUCCUAUGUUGUAUCAAACAAUGUUCAUUUUUAGAGAUGCAUUUCUUUUUUUUGUGGGGAGGGGGGUUGUUUUGGGUUGGUGUUUGUUUUUGUUUUUCCCACAGAUAUAUCCGUCAACACUUUAAGCUGCUGCCUUAGUUGCUGGGAUGCAAAACUGAUAUCACUAGACAUUUGGGAAGGAAUACAAAGAAGAAGAAAACAAUAUAUUUUCUAAGAUGUUAAUAAGAAUAAUCAUUAUAUCAGUGCCUGAUAUAUUGUACAAAGUAUUUUCUACCUGGUAUGUUGAUAUGCAGCAAUGAACUUGCAAACUUGCAUUGGAGUAAAGAGCCCAUGAGCUAGGCUCUGACAAACUGUUUACAUUUGCAAAUGUAGCAAACUUGGUAAUGAAGCAAACACCUGCUAUUGUUACAUUUUUUUUUCAUUGAUUUUAUUUUUAAUAUUUUUUAUCUCUCACAAGAACAAAAAAUGCUAUUAAGAAUAGAAUGCCUUUUUUUACAAAGGCAGGAGCUUCAAGGAACAGAAGGACAUGGUUAUUUUGUAGCGUAUAUGUAUCCGUGCACACACGCCACAUCACGCAUCUGUCCAUUCCAAGCAUAGUCUGUCUUUAUUCUUUAUCUUACCUGGCACGCACACAUACUGUACACGCACACACGCACACACGCACACACACACGCACACACACGUACACCGCAGUGCUUUGUAGUUUCAGAGCAACUCUCAUGGCGGUGGGCUUCAGCCUUUCUCACACUCUGACGCUGAACAAAGAAAAUACUCAAGAGCCUGACCAGUCUUUGGCAUCCGUUUCAUUAAGUGAAUAGGAUCUCUACAACGUUUUUAAUACUUCCUUAUUUGGUCGUCCAGGCAUUUCAGCCACCACAACAUUCACCAGUAUCUCUCUUUAUGUUGUUUUUUCUUUUAUUUCUUUUAGUGUGUCAGUUUUGCAUUUUUAAGACAAAAUAUUGAGAGAACCAUGGACUAAUUCUUGCAUAGUUCCAUCUGCGUCCCGACACAGUAGAGUAUUGUAAACAGUCAUGACGUGCAGGUGUUCUGCAGGUGCCUUUCGUUGGAACAGUGGCAGUUGUGUAAACACUCCCGAGUUUGCAAAUCCAUGCAUUAUGUUGCAGGGCUGAGUCUUUAGAGAGCAGCAACAUGGAGGCAAAAGGACUCACGACUGCGGUCACAUGUGUGGAAGUUCCUAAAGUUGAACUGCACCACUAGCGUACUCUCAUCGACUUUCAUGUGGAGGACCUAGAAGUGAAUAAACAAAUAAGUGAAGGUGCAAGGCACCUCCACAGCUGGUGGUCCAGUUUUAACUUAAGCCAUGGCAAGACUCACACUCGACUGGCUCCGUCGGUGCCUUGACACCACCCGAUUGCUUUCUUAUUAGACUCACACAGUGUCCUUCGUGAGAUUCACAUCAGCUUAAUCGCCCGUGCUCCCUCUGACUACAGAUAUUACAGAUCCUUACCAAGCAGAUGCCCCCUCAUCAGCAAUAUCAGAUCCACUGGACUGGAGCUGAAUCAGAAGGCCUAGGCUGUAAUCAUCUUCAAAAGCAUCCGGCGAUGCUCAGCAGAAGCAAAAACCUCUGGUGUUUUUUACUUAAUCGCUAUUACACACGCCCCCCCCCCCCCCCGUACAUGCUUUGCUAGCUUGGAAAUGUCUUUACUCUCUGCUAGUCUGGCUUUAUCCUGUCGUGGAGUGCUGCACUCCGGCCCACGGUAUAUAUUUAUAUGAAGUGGAGAGAGAGAGACUUGGAGGAUGUAUGAGAGAGAAGGGGAGAAAGGAUGAGAGAGGAGGAUGGUGGUAUUAUGUAUGUGUUGGUAGUGUGUUGUUUUUGAAUUACUGAGAGGUGUCAGAUACUCAGUAUAGCCUUACGAUGCUGCUUUACUGCAAAUGCCUCUUGGGAAAUAAAUGAGUAAAAAAAGAAUACAUUUAAAUAAUAAAGCUUUUUUUUUUUUUCACAGGAGCAUUUAUACAGUAGGUUAUUGAAUAACAUAAGGAACUCUUGCCUUUUUUAAAAAAAUGUUUAUUUGUUUGAGAUGUCAUAGUUUAUUUUGCUCUUGUUUUUAUUUCUUGUUUUCUGAUUAUUUUUUUUAAUGGAGUAUGGAUGUUUUUAAGUUGAAAUAUGUUAACGCUUGCACUUCAGUUAUCCAGUUUAUUGCCAAGGAAGAAUGAUGAAAUGUAAUUAGCAUGCUGCAUACAGGUACUGCAUCUUAAUCAAUUGACUUUUUUUUUGUAAGUGACCAUACAUAUUUUAUAAGGGCCUUAUGUAAGGCUGCAGGGAGAGAGAAAUACAUAGGAGGGGGGGCUGUGGGAUGGGAGGCUACGAAGCCAGCUAGGACAUGGUCAUGGCAGAAGGCAAAAAAUGUAAAUGUUUUUAACCAUAUUUUUUUUUUUUAGAUUGUUAUUGUUUUUACUUUUACAGCAUUUAAAGUGCAUAGAUGAUGGUUUAGAAUUGUUUUUUGUUUUGUUUUUGUUUUUGUUUAUUUUUUGAUUUUCAGCAGCCACCUUAACGUUUUUGUGUUGUAGUUUUUACAAGCAAACAACAAAAAAAAUCAACAAAGAUGGCAAAGAUGUCUGUUACAUCUAAACUUGAAUAAUAAUGAUGAUAAUAAUAAUUAAUAAAGUAAUAACAAAACAUG